GUGAGGCGCCCGGCGGCGCACCCGCCUUUCUGAGGAGGUAGAGCUGGUGGGUCGGUGGGGGUGCCGUGAGGGCCUCCCCUCGGGGCUAGAGGAGCGGCAGGCCUGCUGCCGGCGCCUCGGGGACACUGCUCUCCCUCGCUGCCCGUUGUACCGGCCCAUGCGAGUGUUUGGAGUCUUGGGCCCGAUCUUCAAGGCGGGCACCGCUUUGCAGUUCAGGUAGGAGAUGGCAGAAUACUUGAAAAAAACCUUCGAAGACAGCCUGACUGAAAUAAAAGAACGAAUGAAAGAGAAAAGAAAUCAGAAAUGGAUAAAGUUGGGUAAAACUAGCCAGAUCUCCACCGUAAAGUGCAAAGUAACAACCAACAGCUCCAAGCAAAUGAAGAGCAUCCAAGCAAACAACAGAGCUCUAGCGCAGGCUUUGCAAGAAGAAAAGCUCAAACUGAGGGAUGCCCAGGCUACCAUUUUUCAUUUACAGAAAGACUAUUGUGAUCUGCAGUUCCAGAUGCUUGAUUUGCAAAGAAAUCUUAGGCACAAGCAAGCACAAGGACUUGUUGAGAAUCGACUGUUGGCCUUGAAUGAGGUAAUUUCAAGUGUUUCUCCGGAUUUACUGGGCUCAGUUGAUCACCUUGGUCCAGCAAAUAAUUUGUGUUCUAAUCAGAGUGUGCCUUCUUCAGUUCUUGAACAUAGUUCCAGUGUUGCAGGACAAAUACAUUCAGUAGGACCUCUACAGUGUGCUGAUGGAGAUGAUCAAGCACUUUCAAGUGGGAUGGAGGCUGGUAGUGAUAGAAAUGAGCUGGCUCAUUCCCUGUCAGAGAUCUGUGAGGAAUCUGAUAAUGCCACUUCCUUAAUCACAAUAGUUCCAGGCAAAGGACAAACAUCUCACUUUCAACUGGACAACAUAAGGUCAGAGCUGGAAAAUGUUACUUCAAGUGCAGAGGGUAAAUUCAGUGAUGUGUUACCAAAAAGUGUGUCUACCAGACGUCGCUAUUCAAAGAUGAGAAAUUAUGAUGAACUUUGCACCAGUGUCUUGGACUAUUCAGAAGCACCUGGUUCAACAACAGGGCAUUCUAAACAGGAUGAAAUUAGACUUGAAGGUCUAGAGAGGUGUAAUGUAGAAAACACAAAUUUGGAUAUUUCUCAGCUGAAUGAAAACAAUGUGGGCUCAGAGCUGGUGUUGAGGCGGACAAAUUCUGAAACUGCACAGUUCAACUUUAACAAUAAUUCUGAUCUUAAACAUUCUCUGUGUAAAAGCAGAGAAGGCUCUCAAGUAAGGAAAAAGAAGCAUCAGAAGGGAAAACCGGAAUGGCCUAUAAAGAUUUCCAGACAAAGACCAAAAAAAGGACAGGAUAAAGAGGCUUCCAAAGAAAAGCUGGAUUUCUUGGGCGGCACCAGUGAUGCUUAUGACUUUAAUUUUGAAGAGAGUGUCCAUGUUACACCUUUUCGACAAAAUAAGGUGAAUGACACAGACACUGAUGUGGAUGACAAAGAAGACUUAUCUGAAACUAAUACCACUGAGUUGAGUGAUGUUGAAGACGAUUCAAAUGAUAGCCUUUAUGAGCCUUACAAGAGUAAAUCGAAAAAAAGGAAGAGUUCAGUGGACAAAGAUACAUCACCAGUCCAUACUAGGCCAAGGUCUAAAAGACUUUUGGCACAGCAUGAGCAGAAACUCCAUAAUGAAAAAGAGACUGAAAGCAAUAAAUUAAGUGACAAGUCUAUGGGGCAGCCUUCUGAGCCGUCUCGUGGUCAUCUUUCUGAUGUUACCAAUACCACUUUGUUGCUCCCCAGCACUGGGAACACAACUACUCACCCAGAAGGUGAACAACCACGAUCUCCAAAACGCAAGCGAAGCUGUACUCUUGCUGUGAACUAUAAAGAACCAAGUAUUGCAGCGAAACUCAGGAGAGGAGAUCCAUUUACAGAUAUAAAUUUCCUGAAUUCUCCAAUUUUCAAGCAGAAAAAAGAUAAUAAAUGCCGUUCUCUUAAGAAAAAAUGUCUGUUGAAAUACAAUGAGAAAUUUGUUGGUUGUCAUUGAGCUUUCCAGUCAUGAUAGCAAAACCAUGCUUCCUUCAAGAAAAAUCUUUAAUCCAGCAAAUCUUUGUUGUGUUAUAAUUGUAUAAUAUAUAAUAAUUUCUGUGUCUAAUAUUAAGUUUAUCUCCUUUAAGGGAUUUAGACUUUAAUCCCAUGGCUUGUUUUUAAUGAUACACAAGACAUGAGACUACUUCUAUAACUAAGGUGAUUCCAUUUGACCUCUUGAGAGGAAGCAUCCCUCUAUCGUAGGUCUGUGAGAUUAUCAGAAAUAUCUGAUGGAAAAGAGGGUGAAUGUAAUUCUAUGACUUACACACCCUGCGUGCAGUGACACCCUGCGUGCAGUGGUUGGCAAAGGUGAACAUAAGGCACUUUAGACCAAAUAUUUCUGCGGGGUUUUUUUAAUAACCAAGUUUGUACAUAUCUUGUUUAUGUAAUGGUUGUAGUUUCACAUUGAAGCUCAAAAUAAAACAUCUUGGUGUUUAAUAACA